AUGGCUGAUGAUGAAGAAAAUGAUCCAACAGCACCAUUUAAUGAAUUAGAAGCAUUUGAUUCUUUAUGGCAAGCUUUAACAUGGAAACAAAUUAGAAAACGUAUUCCAAUAUGUGCAAGAAAAACAGCUCAGAAUCGAUACUUUUUUGCUAAUAUUGUUUAUCUUAUCUAUGCUAUUGGUAUUCUUCUUGUCGAUUUUGCACCAGCAAUCAAUGGUGGAGCAGGAGCACCUGAAGAACCGGGCCCCUGUGACAAUAUGACUGUCGACAAUAGCACCAAAGAAGAAGGAGGGGUAGACUAUACAGUUAUAGUCAAUAAUAUGUAUAUUGGCUUAGGAGUACUACAUGUUGUUUCUGCUGCAUUGUAUUGGUGGGCAUGGAGAGAUCAUCGUUGGAAUGAUGUUAUUAUGAUACCUGAAUAUUUAAAUCAUAUUGAAGCAGCUUUAUAUUUAUGGGCUGCUACAUGGUAUGGUACAGCAGCAAAUGAUUCUUCUGGUUAUUAUGAAUCAAUAAUUCAUAUAGUUGAAACAGUUGCAGCAUUUGUUGAAUUAUUUGCAUCAUUCGGAUGGAUUAUGUCUUGGUAUCGAACAUAUACACGUACGAUUGGUCGUGGUUAUACAUUUGAUGAUCCCGAUACAGUAGCAUAUACAUUUACAACAUUAAGUUCAUUUAUCUAUAUAACCUAUAAUAUUCAAAUAUUACAAAAUCCAGAAGAUUAUGGUUUAAAUAACCUUUAUGUUAACGGUGAUAUUACUUAUUUUGUUGGUGCUGUUUUUUAUUUAUGGGCAAAUUUACGAGACGAUGGUUGGCUGUGGUGGAUGCCUGUUUCUGGACAAUAUGGAAUAGCAGCAGGAAGAAUACAAGCAGAAAAACCUAUUAUAGUAGGUUUACGUCAUUUAUUAAUCGGUGGACCUGAACCCAUUGCAAGAUGUUGUCGGCGAUGUUGUGAAAAUAAUUCAGACAGAGCAAAUAAUGUUGUAGUGCCUAUGAAUGAAAAGCAAAGUACAAAUGAUAAUAAUACUAAAGAUUCUACAAAUCGAAAUGAUCUAUCAAAUUUGAAAUGUUUCUCAUUAACAUGUUUUAUUCCAACUAAUGCAUAUGAUAAUCGAUUAAUACCUUUACUUCGUCGUAUGACAUAUUUGGAAAAAUUAACUCUAUAUAUUCGUCUUGUAGAUCGAUCUACAUUUGUUGAUGGUACUCAUCUACACAAUGAAAUUCUCAUGCAUAUGUCUCAACUUCAUAGAUUUAAUUUCUAUAUUAGUACUCAAAUUCCAAUUGAUGAUUCAGUUCAUCGUUUAUCAGAUGAUAAUAUAAACCAAACAUUUAAUAAUAUAGGUUAUUAUCAAACAUCUUGUAUUGUUGAUUAUUAUUGUUCAUUACAUGCAAUAUCUCAUGUUUUUUCACUUCCAUUUUUAUUUAAUCGUCUUGAAAUGAUUACCAAUAGAUUUUCAUCUAUAAUAUUUUCUCAUGUUACUUACUUGCAAGUGGUUGAUACAAUUCAAUUCAACUAUAGCUUUUUCAUUCGAAUUACUAAAGCUUUUCCAUUGUUGAAAUAUUUUACUAUUAUUAAUGUGAUGUCACCAUUAUGGAAUUUUGAGGAAUAUGAAGCUGAUUAUAUUCAAUCAAAUUCAAUUAUUAUAUUUCCUCAUCUUAUUUCACUUAAUAUGAAGAUUUUACAUGAAUAUUAUAUUGAACAGUUUUUACUUGAUACAAAAACUCAUAUACCACGUUUAAUCGAAUUGAAACUAUAUUAUGAAAGUUUGGAAAAUGUAACAGAGAAAUUUACAAGAAAUGCAACACGAAACAACUGUGCUAAUAAAACAACAACUAAUUAUUAUCAAUAUUUUACAAUUUUUAAAGAGUUAACUUGA